AUGACCAUCCAAGGCAAGAUCAUCGUCCCUCUGGACUGGUGCCACAGCUUCUCCAUCGACUCCUACCACCACAAACUCGGCUACGCCAUUAUCAACGACCCCACCCCCUUCUCCGACGCCUCGCCGCAACUUCUCGACUCCAAACUCUACUACCCCAUCCUCGCCAACCUGACCAUCGGAUACUACGCCGGCCAAGCUACAGCUAAAGACGGCUGCCCGAGCAAACUCAACUGGAACGACGCCCCCGACGUUGCGGCCGCCAUUCGCGCCUGGGCCAAGAAGUACGGUGUAGCCAAGGAGUGCUCCCCUCUCCCCUCGCAGCUUCGAGCCCUCGUCACGACGCUCCGCAUCCCUUUACAGUUCGGCCAGGCGGUAGUGCACGACGUCUUGCUGCGCGUGCUGCGCUUUGUCUACGCCCACGUCUCGGACCCGAAGUUGGCCGCCGUAGGUCAGGGUCGGGCGGGACAGCUGACGACGGUCAAUCACACCGUCGCUUUGUUGGCUAGGGAGGGCGUCUUUGAUUAUAGUCGCUCUUCCUUUUCUUCUUCUUCUUCGACUGGUCCUGCUACCACUACCGCCGCCGCAGAAGUCGCCACCGUUUCCAGACUCGUCACUCCCCCGCCUGAAGGGAGUGUGAUGAAUGACGGCGAGGAGGAGGAGGACGAGGAGUACACCCCGUUCGUGUCCUCCGUGUCCUCCGAGGACGUGAGCGACGAGGAGGAGGCGCCCGCCCCUCCACGCCACACUACCACCACCACCACCGCCGCCGCGUCGAAGAAGAUGAAGCCAUCCGCCCCUGCACACUCCACCACCGCCCCUCCACUCUCUCCCCCCACCACCACGCCCCCCUUCACCCACUCCGAGAUCCAGAAGCUCCUGGCCCUGAUCAUGCAGAGCGUCCAGCAAGACCGCCAGUACCUCCACGCCUACGGCGACCUCAUCAACAAGAACGAAGCCGAGCUCGAGCACCACGACUCGCGCCUGUAUCACGUUGAGAAGCACCACGGCCAGCGCUUGAACAAUGUGGAGAAGUCGGCCACGUACCUCGGCGAGAGCGUGAGCGAGUUGAGGAAUGGGAUGACGGGGAGAGGGUGA